AUGGUAAUUUCAAGUCUAGUUGUAUGUAUCUGGAGGAAACGUCAUGCUGCACGAUGGCCACUAAUCUGUUUGGGAAGAAAACCCUCACAGGCACCAUCUGCCGGCUCUCUAAGCAAAAUCAUGCAGCAGUAUGUGACUAACCCUAACUACUAUUCCAGCUCUCCAGAUGCCCCACUGCUGAAAAUGAUGCGAGAUAUUGAAAUACCCCGAGAGAAUCUGUCAUUUCUAGAGGAAAUUGGUGAAGGAUGCUUUGGCAAAGUUCACAAAGGAUUUUACACUCAACCAACUGGAGACGUUGUACCAGUAGCUAUCAAGAUCCUCAAAGAUGGCGCUACCUCAGAAGCUCAGAAUGAUUUUGAACGUGAAGUUGAAAUUAUGUCAACCUUCAACCAUGAGAACAUCAUUACACUGGUGGGCGUCGUCAUGAAAGACACUGGCAGCACACCCUGGAUGGUUUUUGAGUACAUGCAGUAUGGAGACCUGGCUGAGCUGCUUAGGAGUAACAGUCCAUGCUUGAGAAUACCCCCAGAAUAUGUAGCUUAUCAGCUAAAUCAGCCUGAUCUCGUCUGGAUAGCCACUCAGAUAUCGAAUGGAAUGGUAUACCUGUCUUCUCAACACUUCGUGCACAGGGAUUUGGCCACAAGAAACUGUUUGGUAGGAGAAAACCUGAUUGUCAAAAUCUCCGACUUUGGAAUGUCACGUGACAUAUAUACCUGCGACUACUACAAGAUUGGUGGGUCCCGGAUGCUGCCAGUUCGGUGGAUGGCACCCGAAAGCAUCAUGCACGGCAAGUUUACACUGGAGUCUGACGUGUGGUCUUACGGUGUUGUGUUGUGGGAGAUAUUUACCUACGGCAAACAACCUUACUACGGCCACUCUAAUGAAGAGGUGGUGAAGCUCAUCCUCCAGGGAAUCUUGUUGAGUCCACCAGAAGACUGUCCUUCAUUCAUUUACAGCAUCAUGGCCGGUUGUUGGAAAACAGAACCACGAGAUCGCUUGAGCUUCGAAGAAAUAUUUCAACGUCUGGUAGAUAAAUGCCCGAAUCAUCAACCUGAAGCCUCCUCAGAACCUCAACCGAACCAGGAACUGCUUGAUGCUGAUAAUUAUCUUGUUCCAAAUGUGCCGUUCGUUACGGUUGUUUAAACUGUUUUGGUGAAAUUCGUUGAAAAUAGACUCCUGAGAUUUGUGAGGCAUCUAUUUAAAGCUAGGAGACGGUAACUUUGUAUUGUGUAAUAAUUAGGCCAAUUAUUAAGUGUACGGUUGGCUUUUAAAUGUGAUAAGCAGCCUGCAUAUCAUUAACACAAACUUUAAAUUUCACUGUUAUCAAGAGUACUCGUAUUGAGAGGACAAAUUUUGCUCUUUUAUUAAUCUUCCCUUUCUACAUUAUCUUUUUGGGUAAGUUCAAGAGCUAUUUGCUUGACUGAGAUUAAAAUUUGUAAGAGGGGUGGAAACGGAGCCUAUUGAUAUUUGAAGUGAUGGGACGAAGCAGGAAACAAAAUUCAAAGCAUAGAAAUAGAAGAAUGUGGGCCAGGCUUCAAUGGUGUAAUAAAUCGAUAGAUGUUACAUACAUGGUUGAACGAAUUUCUCAAUAGCGGGAA